AUGACUCUGGCUGCCGAGAUUACUUCCGAGAAGAGCAAGCGCCAUGCCGAAGAAUUCUUGGACUCCCUGGAAGAAGAUGAGACUAAUCUUGCACGUCGGCUGGCCGAGGCACGACGGGCAGCUGGUUCUGCUACUGCCAAGAAAGUCAACCACACCGCAAUGGCGAUGGGGAGGCGGGAGGCAGUUGUUACUUCUCCGGUUGCCGAAUGUUGCAAGGGUCAAGAAAAUGGUUUGGUCAUCUACCUGUACGUGAAGCGCCCGUUGAACAGGCAGGCGGCCCGCCUCAACUGCCAACGGUUCGGCGGAGAUCUAGCCGGCCCACGAAACAUGCAGGAAUACAUCGCCAUGGGGAAUUUCCUCCGUCCCGUGGCAACAGGAAGCUGCUUCUUGCAAUAUAACGACAUCAAAACGGAGGGGAAAUUUGUUGAUAGCCGUGAUCAGUAUGCUGCGAUCAAUAACUUUGAGGAGGGCGAACCGAACAACGCGGCCCCGACCGGCGAAGAUUGUGUGGAAAUUACACCGAGCACAGGUAUGUUCAACGACGUUGGCUGCCAGGAGGAGCGCCAAUCCGUCUGCGAGUAUAGGAUUAAAUAG